UUGGUCCUCCAAAAACAAAAUCCCGACUUUGUUAAAAGUGUUGACUCAUAUCAAGAGGCCGGUGGAGAAGGAGAAAGAUAGGGAGGAAAUGGAAGCCUUUUACCUGCUGGGCUCCAUUGCCUCCACAUUGGCCAAGUCUGCGCUACUCUCCCUCGCUCUCGCCGUCCGAUCCCUUCCUCACUUCCUCUUCCCUCCGGCACCACCCUCCGCUCCGCCAACUCCCCUACCUGAUGAUGCCGUGCAGCUCUACGACGGCCGCGUGCACCACGUUCGCCUCCGCCCCGUUCACCAUGCCUUUGACUACCCCGUCCGCUACGCCCUCAUCGAUCUCGACCGUGCGCCGCACUUCCAGCCCUCCCGACUUUCCGCCGAUCAAGCCCGCGAGGUCGCUCAAACUACCGGUCCAGUGCUCUUGCUGACAAUCCCUGCUAGUGUGGGGUAUGACCAGAACCCACUCAGUGUUUACUACUGCUAUGAGGAGGAGGAGGAGGAGGAGGAGGAGGAGUCUUCUCGCCAGCUCAAGAUGUGCAUUGCUGAGGUGACAAACACGCCAUGGGGGGAGAGAGUAUUGUUUAGUUUUAAUCCGCGUUCAGAUUUGGUUGCCAAGCCCUUGCAUGUCAGCCCAUUCAUGGAUAUGCUAGGAAAUUGGAAUAUCCAUGCUAAUUCACCAGGAGAUGAACUUUUCAUUAGAAUUUUAGUUCAGCAUCCCUCACUUGGGACUUACUUCACUGCUACUCUCAGUGCCAAGAGAAUCAAUUCUUCUUCUGGUACCCUUGAGUUGGCAAUCUAUUUUUGGCUGAUGCCUCAUAAGGUUGCCAUGUGGAUAUAUUGGCAGGCUCUCGAACUUUGGUGGAAAACUGUUGCUUUUCAAAGUCAUCCAAAGUACACUAACUCAAUGUACAGGGCCGAUGCUUUAAAGCGUGAUCAAGAACUUUGCUGCUCUAGAUAUAGACAAACUGAAGCUAACCUCUCAAGUUCUACUCGAGACAAGGACAAAGGAAAUCGGUGGUGUAUAUGGAGAGAUGCUCCAUGGCCAUGGUCCUGAUGCUUCACUAGAGAUUUGAACAUGGCCAUGGUUUCUGCCAAACUUGUAAGGUUAUCAUUCUUUGUUGAAUUUUAAUAUAUCUUGGUAUAUAUUUCUGUUGUUCUUCAGAGAGAUCUUGAUGUUUGGCUUUCGUUGACAUGGCAAAAAUGUCUGUCACCAUUGAAUUUGUCGAAAAAAUGAUUGUUAUAUGUUUUAAUCUGGAAUUUAUUCAAUUUAGGAAGCUUAUUGUUCUACCUAUGCUUCCCUAAAAUCUUC